AUGACAGCGGAGAGACAUUCAGUCAAGUUCCACAGCACCUGGGCUAAUGAGCCUCCCACUGAAGCGGAGAAGGCUAAGGUGAAAUCAGAGCGGGCCCUUAUGCGAGCCGUCCUUGCUGGGAAUAAGGUGGCAGUAGAGGCUGCUAUUGAGGAACUACCACGGAACGGUGGCGAUAUCAAUGCUGAGGGCUCAGGAGGAUGUACAGCACUGCAUGCGGCAGCCUCCUUGACUGACGAGGACUGCUCUCUCUACCUAUGCGGUCGCCUGUUAGACCAUGAUGCCGAUCUAGAGGCAGAAAACAGUCUCAACUUCACGCCUCUUAUGACCGCUUGUCUCGCGGGCAACCCCAAAGUGGUCACUUUCUUCCUAAGUAAGGGCGCUAACAUCAACGCCAGUAGCAGGAAAGGGAAGAUGCCCUUAGCCAUCGCCGAGGAAGCCGGUCACCAAGCGGUCGUCGAAGCCCUACAGAGUGCUUUGUGA